UUUACCGGGGGCGGCCCCGGCGGUGCGGCAGGAGCGGCGGCGGCGAAGCAGCAGCAGGCGAGGCAGCGGCGGCCUGACAGGAGAGGCCGAGCCCCCCUGCGCGGGUCUGCCAGCCGGGGGCGAGCGGGCAUGAGGAGGCCCCGCCGGGCAGCGCCGCCGCAAGCGCCACGCAGCGGCGACCAGGGACUUGCGCGGCGGCCCUGACAGGACGCGCGGAGCGGGCAUGGCGGCGGCGCUUCUGGGGCUGGCGCGGCGGUGGUCGCCGUCGGGGCCGGCCCUCGCCCUUGCCUUGGCCCUCGCCCUGGCCGGCAUGGGCGGCUGGACCCGCGCCAAGAUUUGCCCAAGUAUGAAAAUCCGCAACGACCUAACCUACAUCAGGGAACUUGAGAACUGCACUGUGGUUGAGGGGCACUUGGAGAUCCUUCUCAUGUUUGGAACCAAGACUGAUGACUUCCGAGCUCUUAGCUUCCCCAAGCUCACGAUGAUCACAGAGUACUUACUGCUGUUCCGGGUCUACGGCCUGGAAAGCCUCAAGAAGCUUUUCCCCAACCUCACCGUCAUCCGCGGGACUGUCCUGUUCUUCAACUACGCCUUGGUCAUCUUCGAGAUGGUUCACUUGAAAGAGGUUGGCCUUCACAGCCUGAUGAAUAUCACGCGGGGGGCUGUGCGGAUCGAGAAGAAUGCGGAACUGUGCUACUUGUCCACCAUUGAUUGGUCUCGGAUUGUGGACUCUGUUGAAGACAACUAUAUUGUCGACAAUAAGCGGGACGAGGAGUGUGGGGAUGUGUGCCCAGGAACAGCGCAAGGGAAAAGCAUGUGUUCGCCAACGGUGAUCAAUGGCAUUUUCAUAGAGCGAUGCUGGAGCCAUGAGCGUUGCCAGAAAGUGUGCCCUUCUCCAUGCAAGUCUCAGGGCUGCACCCCAGAUGGCGACUGCUGCCACUCAGAGUGCCUGGGCAACUGCCUGGAGCCUGGCAACGAGGAGAAGUGCCUGGCAUGCCGCCGCUUUAACCUGAACGGCAAGUGCGUGGAGAUGUGCCCGCCGGGCUACUACCGCUUCGGAGGCUGGCGCUGCGUCAGCUUCGACUUCUGCCAGGAGCUGCACAACAAGUGCAAGAUCGCCCACCAGUCCAACUGCCACGUCGUCCACAACGGCGAGUGCGUCCCCGGCUGCCCUUCCGGGUACACCAUGAACUCCACCAACCUGCUCUGCACACCAUGUGAAGGGCUCUGUCCCAAAGUCUGCGACGUCUUGAACAGAGAGAAGACGAUCGAUUCGGUGACAGCUGCGCAGAAGCUCCAGGGCUGCACCGUUGUGAACGGGAGCUUGAUCAUCAACAUUCGCGGAGGAAGCAACAUAGGCGCCGAGCUAGAAGCCAACCUUGGUUUGAUCGAAGAGAUCACGGGCUACUUGAAGAUCCGCCGCUCCUACGCUCUGGUCUCCCUCUCUUUCUUCCGCAAGCUCCGUCUCAUCCGAGGGCAGUCGUUGGAAGCAGGGAACUACUCCUUCUAUGCCUUGGACAACCAGAAUCUCCGCCAGCUCUGGGACUGGAGCAAGCACAACCUCACCAUUGCCCGAGGGAAGCUCUUCUUCCAUUACAACCCCAAGCUGUGCCUGUCGGAGAUUGACAAGAUGGAGGAGAUCUCGGGGGCGAAAGGGCGCCAGGAGAAGACUGACAUCGCACUCAAGACCAACGGCGACCAGGCCUCCUGUGAGAACGAGGUGCUCAAGUUCUCCCAGAUAAAAACGACCUGUGACAAGAUCAUGCUGAAGUGGCAGCCCUACUGGCCGCAAGACUUCCGUGACCUCCUCGGCUUCAUGCUCUUGUAUAAGGAAGCUCCCUUCCAGAACGUGACAGAGUUUGACGGCCAGGAUGUCUGCGGCUCCAACAGCUGGAUGGUGGUGGACAUUGACCCUCCAAACCGGUCUAACGAUGGAAAGCCGCCCCCACACCCAGGGCUCCUGCUUCGCGGCCUGAAACCUUGGACGCAGUAUGCCAUUUUUGUGAAGACCCUGAUCACCCACUCAGAUGAGCGCAAGACAUACGGGGCAAAGAGUGAGAUCAUCUACGUCCAGACCAACGCCUCAGUGCCAACUGUCCCCCUCGAUCCGAUCUCCGUUUCCAACUCUUCGUCGCAGAUCAUCCUGAAGUGGAAGCCGCCCUCUGAUCCCAACGGGAACAUCACACACUACAAGGUGUCCUGGGAAAAGCAGCCUGAAGACAGCGAACUGUAUGAGCUGGACUACUGCCUGAAGGGCUUGAAGCUGCCCUCCCGGACGUGGUCCCCCCCUCUGGAAUCCGAAGACCUCCACAAGCCCAACGUGAGCGAAAGUGAGGAGACUGGCCCGGAGUGCUGCGCCUGCCCCAAAACGGAGUCUCAGAUCCUGAAGGAAACGGAGGAGUCUGCCUUCCGGAAGGCCUUUGAGAACUACCUCCAUGACGUGGUCUUCAUGCCCAGGCAACCAGUGAGGAGGCGGAGGAAUGUCGGCAGCCUUGCCAACAGCACUGCAGUGUCUCUGACUGCCCCGGUCUCUGCAAACAUCUCCACGGCAGCCCCCGGCAGCCCGGACGAGCCCAGGCCCUUCACAAAGGUGGUCUUCAAGGAGUCUGUCGUCAUCUCCAGCCUGCAGCACUUCACAGGCUACCGGAUUGAAAUCCAGGCCUGCAACCAUGAAGCCCCCAAGGAGUGCAGCAGCGAGGCCUACGUUAGUGCCAGGACCAUGCCAGAAGCCAAAGCAGACAACAUUGUUGGGCCAGUGACCUAUGAGCUGAUGGAGAAGAACAUCAUCCACCUGAAGUGGCAGGAGCCAAAAGAGCCAAAUGGGCUGAUCAUCCUUUACGAGGUGAAUUACUGGCGCCUCGGAGACUUGGAGGAGCAGCGCCACUGUGUCUCUCGACGGCAGUUCUCCUACCACCAGGGCUGCAAGCUGCGGGGCCUGCAGCCAGGCAAUUACAGCGUGCGCAUCCGAGCCACCUCGCUGGCCGGGAACGGCUCCUGGACAGAGCCCGUCUACUUCUACGUCUAUGACUACUUUAAUCCUCCCACUAACCUUGUGGGCAUUAUCGUUCCAAUCAUUUUUGCCAUCUUCUUCUUGGUGGUCAUUGGAGGCGCCUAUGUCUUUGUCAAGAAAAGGCAAACAGAAGGACCGACGGGCCCACUCUACGCAUCCUCCAACCCAGAGUAUCUCAGCGCCAGCGAUGUUUACAUCCCUGACGAGUGGGAGGUCCCUCGGGAAAAGAUUGCCCUCCUCCAGGAACUGGGCCAGGGCUCCUUCGGCAUGGUGUACGAGGGGAUCGCCAAAGACAUUGUGAAGGGCGAGGCGGAGACGCGGGUGGCCGUGAAGACAGUGAAUGAGUCUGCCAGCCUGCGGGAGCGCAUUGAGUUCCUCAACGAGGCUUCUGUCAUGAAGGGGUUCAGCUGCCACCACGUGGUCCGCCUCUUAGGGGUGGUGUCGAAAGGACAGCCCACCCUAGUUAUCAUGGAGCUGAUGGCCCACGGAGACCUGAAAAGCUACCUGAGAUCCUUGCGCCCAGAGGCAGAGAACAAUCCUGGCCGCCCACCGCCAACUCUUCAAGAGAUGAUCCAGAUGGCCGCCGAGAUUGCGGAUGGCAUGGCUUACCUAAACGCCAAGAAGUUUGUCCACAGAGACUUGGCAGCGCGGAACUGCAUGGUAGCUGAAGACUUCACCGUCAAAAUUGGAGACUUCGGCAUGACCAGGGACAUCUACGAGACGGAUUACUACCGCAAAGGAGGCAAGGGGCUGCUACCAGUGCGGUGGAUGGCCCCGGAGUCUCUGAAGGACGGGGUCUUCACUGCCUGCUCUGACGUGUGGUCUUUCGGUGUCGUCCUUUGGGAGAUCAGCAGCUUGGCAGAGCAGCCCUACCAAGGCCUCUCCAACGAGCAGGUCUUGAAGUUCAUCAUGGAUGGGGGUUGCCUGGAGCAGCCAGAGAACUGCACAGAGAGGCUCCAUAACCUCAUGCAGCUGUGCUGGCAGUACAACCCCAAGAUGCGCCCUUCCUUCACGGAGAUCAUCGAGAUGCUGAAGGAUGACCUUCACCUGACCUUCCAGGAUGUCUCGUUCUUCUACAGCGAGGAGAACAAGCCACCGGAGACAGAGGAGUUCGAGAUGGACUUUGAGAACAUGGAGAGUAUCCCUCUUGACCCGGCCUCUUCUUCGCAGCGGGGCGAGGCCCUGGGGCGGGACGAUGGGCUCUCUGUGGGGCUCAGAGGGAACUACGAGGAGCACAUCCCGUACACUCACAUGAACGGAGGCAAGAAAAACGGGCGCAUCCUGGCUCUGCCCCGCUCCAUCCCCUCCUAAGGGGCUUCGUGUUCCCCCUUCUCCUUCCCCUUCGGCUAUUUCUCUCUACACAAAUCUCAGGACUUGCAGUAUUGCUGACACAGCGGGAUGAGACACACCAGGGACUUGCUUUCUAUCAAGAGGAAGUUUUUAAUUAUUGGAGGAUUAUUAUAACGACCUUUUUCAGGGUGGGGGCACGUCAUGUUACUGCGUGUUUCUGUUUUGGGGUUUGUUUUUAGUUUUUGGGGGACGGCACAAACGUUGACUCGCUGUCAGCAGACUUCCAAUCUGUGAAAGACAACCCGGCAAUUUUGUGGCUGCUGAUUUCUGCCUCCACCCGACCUGACUCUUGCACAACUCUGGUUUUUAGAUGGGAAGUGACUUCACGUGAUGAGGUUGGAGAGGAGGAGGAGGAACCUUCUGAUCCCAGUAUUGGGGGGUCUUUUCGCUGGGUGACGAAGCAGACCCAGGCCAGGAUGUUGAUCCCAAGCAGAACCCAGAAGCUUUUCUCACCUGCUAACCCUCUUUGGAGAGGAUUUCUUGCAAUUUACCUUUUGUUAUUUUUAUGAAUAGGCUGAAGGAUCUUCAAGACGUGUCAGACACAGAUCUGUCUGUUUUUCCUCCCUCCGAUUUGACCAACCAUUGCUGCUUUUCUUAAUGGGUUAAUCGGUGUGUGUGUGUGUGUAUGGGUGCGUGCGCUAAGUGAAUGAGUGUGCGCAUAUAGAUAUAUCUACAUGGAGGUGUCUGUGGAAAUGGGUGAACUUUUUGUACAUAUCAGUUUUAUCUGACCGCAGGAGUGAGAGCACGUCACUGUUCUCUAUGCCUGCCCCCCCCCAAAAAAAACUUCCCCUCCCCGUGGCAUGAAUGAAUUCUGAAUAGAAUAUUUUUAUACUGAAGAACGUUUGGGGUGAGGGGUUCCCCACCCCAUUUUUCAGCAAAACGAGGUAGCCAAAGUUCAGUAGCCAACAUCCUCUUUAGGAUUUUAUGAGUGCUUUCAAGACUUAAGCCAGGCAAAGCGAGCCAUGUCCCCCUCCCCUUUCCUGCCCCCCACUUCUCCAAAGCCCACUUAAUAGCAUUAAAUGUAUAUACGUUUGUUGUGACAUAUUUAAGUCUGCAGUAUAGUGAACCUCCCUAUAAAUUAUUGAUGCCUUCCUUGCUCCUUCAAGGGGGGGGGGGGAAAGGCUUGCUUGGUAGAUCUUAGAGCUGAGUCCUUAAGUGUCUGAAAGCGGGGAGUUUUAUUUUCUGUUUUGGCAGAAUUAAGUAACCACACUAGGAAAGCUUGGUUCACAGAUCUGUACUUUGACACGCGAGUAAUAGAGUUGCGUAUGUGUGCACAUUUGUGUCUUUUCUCUAAACCCGUAGCUGCCGUACAAAUCCUGAAGCCAGUCCACUGCUGAAGGUGCGAACCCCUUUCCGGCUGGAGAUUUUGCAGCUUGGGAGAUUGUGAGGACCACCUCCGUUUGGUGGGUGGCUUGCUUUCUUCCCCCCUCCCCAAAUCUUGCUGCACGUGCCCUCUGACCAGAGCUAGGGAAGAGCCACAUACACGCACACACACCCUUCCCUCUUCCUUCUACAUACCCAACCACCCACAAUCCCCUGGAAAGCCUUCUGGCACAUGACCCAAUAGUCCACACCUUCUUGACAUGUAGCUGCUGUCUGCAAGCAGGCCUUACUGCAGCCGCCCCAACCUGCUGCCUUCCUCUUCUCCUUGGACUACAACUCCCAUCAUCAUCGUCAUCCUUGAUCGUCCAGCAACAGGGUUUUUCUUUGGGGGCGGGGGGAGCUGCCUUUUAAUUCCAGCAGACCAAAGCAGGUCCAUCUUGCUCUACAUCCCAUUCCCAGGAUAAAGGGAACUUCCCUGCCCUCCCCUUUCCUUUCCCCACCCAUUCUCAAUAGCGUUCAGAGGCCUCCCUCUGGGUUUAGAGUUUCUGUUGGAUCCAAUACGGUAGCCCUUGAUUCAACCUCUGGGGUCACAGCUGAUUGGCAGAGCCAGCUGCUUCGCUUGCAAGAGGGUCAUUCCCCGACCGACCAGCAUCUCCAGGUACAGGCGAGAAAAGACCCCUGCCUGCAGAUCUGAAGCCGUUCCUGAUGAACUGCUAGAUGAACCGUCUGCCUGACUUGGUAGAAAGACAGCUUCCUCAUUCAAUCACAUCUUUGUCUUUAGGGGAAAGGCACCGUGCUUUGCAGGCAGAAGGCACCAAAUUCAAUCCCUGAGGCAUCUCCAGGUAGGCAUCCCCAAAAGACGCCCGUCUAAAACCCAGGAGAGCUGCUUCCAGUCAGUGCCGACACCACAGAGCUAGAUGGACAAACGGUCUGACUCUGACCUGCUUCCUGUGUCCCCCUUGCCAUUACCCCCCCCCCUUUUAGAGACAUCUGCUAGCUAGAAACGGGGGAGGGGUGCAGGGGGAUGGCACAUCUUUACAAAGGGGAGAUUUUCUCUUCUUACGUGAGGCCUUUCUGCCUGGCGGCCCUUGUUUCUUUUUCUGCUAAAGCAGGAGGGUGUAGCAAUGUCUGUCUGUCUCUCCUGUGCGAGAAUUUCACCCUCUUGAGCAGCUGUUUGUUCCUUUUUAAGGUAGCUUCUUCCUCAAUUUAAGGGUCUCUUCUCCCCCCCCCCGCCAUUGCCGCCCUCCCCAAAGUUGCUCUUCAACUUUCCUGUUCUCUAGGCCUGCCUUUGCCCUAGUCAGCCCCACAAAGGAGAAUCCACUCUCCUCCUCCUCAAAAUUUCUUGGUGACCCAGCUCAGAUUUUGAAGUGUGCUCUUCAGCCCAAGGUGAUUUCAUCUGAUGAAAUAAGAUGUCGCCAAAAUCCCUCUUUACCUCUCGUGUGUUUUCCUGUCUUUUGAAAUAAGCUUUUUUAAAACAAAAAAAACAAAAAACCUCUUUCCAUAUAAUGUGAAUCAUCGUCAUUAUGAAAAAAAUCAAACCAGAAUCUUGUUUUCUUGAUGGAAUACGUAAACUUUUAGGCCUUAUAAAAUAGAUGGGUUUUAAACAAAACAAAUUGCACACGGUGGUUCUGUGUGUUCCUCGCAUCCACUUGCCUUCAUCAGUUUUCCUUCAAUGAAAAUAUGCUUUGAUUUCUGUUUUUAUGUCCUUUUUGAGCAUGAAGGGGAAUGGAGAUUUGAAUUUGGAAGGGGGCUGCAAUGGCAGAACGGCAGCUGGAGAGAGACAUUUUAUUUGGGAUUUGCCUCUUGCAGGAAACCAGAGAAUGGUUCUUUACUGGGGGGGGGUGUCAUUGUUAAGAACUGUCUUAAGGGCCCCUCCAGACUGGUGGACGUUUGUCUUUGUAGGUGCGUUCUGCAACGUGGCAUUGAUGCAAUAAAUAGCGCAUUAGUGGUGGAUUUAUACUGGACCAUCCACACAUCCUUCUGCUUUAUUUGUUGUUCUGCAGUGUUGUCGCAUUACUGCUGUCCGGAGGGGCACUCUUGUGCACUAUAGCACAAUAAAACCAAACUAAAACUCUGGAAUAUUUGUGGUAUGAAAAGUUAACAGAUUUCAACAGGAUGUUAUGGCACAUGUACUGAUUGGAAAUGAAGCCACAUGGGCACCCUGGGACCUCUGCAGGUGCGAACAGCAUGGAAAGCAGGAUGACCGACAACCUCACCGAUGGCAUCCUCAGCACGAGUCAUCCUGAGUACACAAUAAGAAAGAUGGCUGGAGAAAACCUGGGACUUGUGCUCUGGGCCUCAGAUCUCCUGCCUCUCACCCCCCCCUUUAAUAAUACUUUACUUCCAGGGCAUCUGGGCAUGCUGCAAAAGCACAGUGCUAGUGAGACGACCCUGCUCCUCAACUAGCCUCACACCAUCUCAAUUUGCCCAGGACAAAGACCCAAACGUUCAACUGUGCCUAUAAACUAGCAUCUGCCAUUUGUUAAAAAAAUUUUGUGCCAAUUCACAUCAGGAGCCUUGUGCUGUUGGGCCUUUUCUGAACCUAGCAGCGACGCCUCUGGCCCUGGUUUGCAGAGAGAGGAGCCCUGGCAUUUGAGAGAGAGAGAGACAUGCUGCGUGGUGCCCAAAAGUCUUCGGUCAUCUCCAGUGUCGGCUCAAGGGAGAGUGGGAUGACUGGACAAGCCAGGAGGAGCAGGGUGUAAAGAGGAGGUGCCGCUUUUCCUAGGAACUGAUGAACCCUCUAGAAACUAGAGGCAAUCUCUGCCCUCAGGUCCUACCUGACACAUUUUUGUUGCUGGAGACAAAGCAGGAUGGCCCCCUUCCCCAUCCUGCAUGCAAAAGCUGACCAGGAUGGACUCAAUUCACAUACUGGCAAAUUCAGGCUGCGCAACUGAGAGUCCAUUGGGAGGGUUUGCCUGUACGUGCUGCAGCAGUGGCAAUUGGAUAGCGUAGUACGUGAAGGCAGCAGGCUACCUGGUUGCUCAGCAGAGUGAGCUGUUCACCUCCACCCGCAGAAUGCACUGCCUGAGGCAGCUUCACUCUGUCUAACGGAAGGGCCGGCUUUCUCGGAUUCCGUAUGGAGGAGGAGGUGGUGCUGUGAGUUGGUCUGGAAUCAGAGCAAGCCAACUUGUGAGACGCCUUGGAUCUGACAGAGGGAAAGGCUGGGGUUGUCUCUCUGGUGUUCCACUUUAAAUGGCCUCUCUUGCCUCCCAAUCACUAACUUUUUCUGCUUGGCUGUUUGCUCCUUCUGCUGAGAUCUACGGCAGCAUUUGCCAACCUGGUGCAACUCUCAUCCGCUGCAGCUGGGGCAGAUGGGAGUUGCAGUCCAGAACGUCUGGAGGGCACCAGAUUGGCAAAGGCUGAUGCAUUUGCUGCCUGGAGUGUUUGUCUUUGUGCCUUGGCCCCUUCGGUCCUCUGUCAGAAUUGUUGGCAGACAACUUGCAAGACUUUGUUUUUUUUAAGUACACAGGUGUUUGUGUGGUUUUUCAUUACGGUCACAUUCUGCGAAGUUCUUGGGAGGUCUGAGUUUCAGCCUGUGUUUCUGGACUUUUGUUUCAUCAACACCUUAUAAAGCAAAGGGGGUGGGAGGGGGGCUUGUGCCUCUCUUUUGCCAAGCGGUUGUGAUGGGUGAGAAAGGAGGAGAGUGGCCCAAGUCAUACUUGAGAGUAGGUCCAUUGAAACAAGUGGAGAUGACUACAACUCCCAUCAGACCCCGCUGGCUGAGAUAGAUCGGAAACCGAGUCUUCUUGGUUGAUUUCAGCAGGUGUCCUCUGAGUUUCCACACUGGCUGGGGCUGAUUGGAAUCAAAUGAUCCCGAUUAUGAAUCAAUGAAUGCAACUCCAGUCAUACUCAAAGGGGGCCCACUGAAAACAACCUAUUUGGCUCCAGCUCCAAGGGGUCUCCUCUGAGUCUGCCUUGGUUGGAUACAGCCCUCUCUCCCACCUGCCUUUUCACCCCCUAUUAUUUUAACCCAACAAUGAGAAGCCUUCGAGCGCUUCUUGAACUCUCCUAGAAGCAAAAACAAUUGUUCACCGUCUGCACAUUGGACUUUUAUCAAUCAUGUAAGCAACACAAUGCUGCUUUGUUGAUUUGUUGUUGUUGCUGCUGCUGCUGCCGCCGCUGCUGCUAUUAAAGGCUGAUCCAGUGUCUUAAAAAAAAGUGUUUAAAAAAUUGCAAUGCAAGCAUUUCUGGGAAAAUGCCAAAUCUCCCAGUUGCCAGAAUGUCAGAAUUGUAACAGACCUUUGCAUGGAGAAGGCCAACCUUGGCUGGCAGGUGGGAGCGGCUCUAAGGACAUCUGUGGUCUGAUUGCAGCCCUUGUACGAGUUUGCCAGCUUUCCAGCCUUGGAGAGUCUGAGAAGCCAGGCCCCCCUUGCUCCGCUUUUCCACAAGUUGGUCUCCAAAUACUGAGAGGUUUUUUUGUUUUUUGCAAGAAAAGGAAAAAAAUACCUCUUGUUUUUAAAAAUAAAAGGAUCAACAUUGUGCCAUGGUUUUAAAAAGAAUUAAUAGAAAAGAUACCCACUUGAUUUUAUUUUUUCAGUGCUUUUCAUAUCAGAGCCAAGCAGUGAUGUGUACAGAGUAUCUUUGAAUAUCAAAUGAAAUUUUUUGCUGUGUGUAAAAUAUUGAACAAUUAACUGUUUAUAUUAAAAAAAAAAGAAAUUCUGAAUAAAUUAUCCAAGAAUGUCA